AUGUUUUUCAGGGCCCUGCGACCCAGCUUUUCACGUGUCAUAUGUGUUUCCGAACACAAAACCCGGGUGAUCUUCGUACUGCCGUUCGGAGUGCGGAAAAUCCAACCAAGUUUGACCACUUCUGCUCCACCUGUUGGCGAUCCGAGGAGCAGCUCGAGCGCCGAGGAGCUCACAACAGUCACGGUACUCUGGAAGAUCGCGCAGCAAGCCAGGCAACGGGAGGCGGUGGUGGUGGCAGCAGUGCAGGCGGGAGGGGCUUGCAGCGGACCCGUCGCGGAGGACGAGGACGAGGACGAGGACGAGGAAGAGGAGGACCUUGAGGAUGAGGAUGAACUGGAAGAGGCCACGGCUGGUGUUUGGCGAAAUGACAUCCUGCAAGUCGCGUUGGCUAGACACGCCAAGGCGGUACAAAGGUUUCUCCCGACAAUCGCUCCGGAUGGCCAACUGAUCCCUGCGAAGACGCCCGCCGCCGCCGCCGCCGCCGCCGCCGCCGCCGCCGCCGCCGCUGCAGCUGCCGCUACCGGCAAUUCGAAAGGGAAGGGGCCCGCCGCGAGGCACCCCUCACCCGCAGCGGUGGCUGCGGCAUUUAGAGAGAAGUUCCCGCAAGCACCAUUAUGUACACCUGUAGAAGGUGUUGAGGCUCGUGCGCGUGCAGCGAUGCACCCAACGGCAGCGACGGCGGCGAUGAGCAGAGCAGCGACGGACGGGGGAGCGGAUAUGGGCGAGCUCCUGCGAGAGGCGGCCAUGGCGGCCUUCGCUACCAUCCACGUGGCCGUCGCUCUCUAUGUGCACGAGGUGAAGACCAACGGAGGAGAAGUGGGAGUCAGGAUGAUUUGCCCAUCGUGCUUGACGAACGAGUUUGUUGAGACUCCAGGAGUGUCGGGGAAUGGCUUCCCCUCCGUGUCUAGUCAGAAGAUACGAGUGGCACACGACAUCCACGGAGUAGUGGUCCCCGUCUUCGGGAAGUAUCGGUGUAAGAACCCAGCGUGCGCUUUGAAUGUCCGGAGUGCUCGUCAAUCGGCAGAGAAGGCCGAAAAGAACGGGGGACCGAAGGCUAGCGAGAUCGUGUGGGACGAUGCUGCCGUUACGUCGCACUGCAAGAAUGGCGUCUCGUUCAACACAAUGGAUACUAGGUACAUGCAGUUGCUUCCUGCUGCGGUGGUGGCUAAACUACCGUACCGCUUCUUCAAGCAAAACGGCACGUCAGAAAGGCUGUUGGACAUGGUUUCCGCAACGGAGGGCGAUACGCCGGGUUUCCACCGGCUGCUAGUGGCACGCGAACAGGGACAAGAGCUGAGAGAUAUGCAGAGGUACAUCCGAUUCGCGGAGGAGGAGCAGGCUAGGGAGAGACGGAGUCGACUUGACGGGGAGUUCACCAAGUGGCCAGGAUGGAGAUUCAACCGCGGGACAUUGAUAUCGACACCGUCCGUCGCCGUCUUGAACACCAUCAACAAGGCUGCCCAUCUGCAGGACAGAGACCACAUGCUACGCGAGCUGAUUGCCCAGGUAGCGGGGGAGUUCGUCAACUCAGACGGAACAUUUCGCGCCGCCGGGAAGGUUAUGAAUGAGGCCCAGUGCCUGUAUUUCCUGAUGGGGGAGGAUGCCAAGAUUCUUGGGUACGGAGCCGUCAAGUCAGAGAGCGAGGAGGAGCUCACCCUUCUCUUCCAGAGGUACGCGGACAGGCGGAGGAAGAAGGGGACGUUGCAUGCUCUGCGGUGGCUCUACGACGAUCGCUGUUGCAGAGUUUGUAAAGACGUGACAAAGUACUAUGGGGUCCAAAUCUUCCCCCACGUGGAGCGCGCUCCACUUGCCGAUUCGUUCCACGCAACCCAGAAUCUGGCGGGUGCAACCACUUCGAAGUCGCACGAGCGAAGGGGAGUGUAUGCGAGGGGGGUGGGAGGAUCUGUCCGCAGCAAAUACAAGCCCGACGUAGACGCCAUAGUCGAGUACUUGAUGCGGGAAAACAAGAGGAUGACAAGGGCGGAGGCUGAGCGUAAGGCAGAAUCCAAGUCUAUGAGUCGGUAUGUCCGUACGGUUUCUCGUCCGAUAGAAGAGACGAUAGCUGAGGUUAGCGAGGUGGUGCGCUUGCACGCAAGGCUGGACGCGGAAGGACGGGAGAGGGGCGAGCUGCCGCUGCUGCAACCCGAGUUGCCGCCGGGGAAGAGAGGACCGCGUGGCGCACAGGCAGAGCUGAAUAGCCUCAUCUCUUGCCUCCGAAAGGGAUGCGGGCAAGACCCGUUGCCCGUGGAUAAAAUGGGCGAGCUGCCGCUGCUGCAACCCGAGUUGCCGCCGGGGAAGAGAGGACCGCGUGGCGCACAGGCAGAGCUGAAUAGCCUCAUCUCUUGCCUCCGAAAGGGAUGCGGGCAAGACCCGUUGCCCGUGGAUAAAAUGUACCUCCACGUUGGCACGGGGAAGAAGACGAAGCUCAAGCGGUACGUCAAGAAAGGAGGCACUGCCAAGAACGAGUCGUUCCACCGUAGCCUGAACGCAAUGACUUCGAGCGUUUCUCGGCUCGGGCCGGGCGUCUGCGAUCAGCGACUGCUGCAACUCGUUCACCGCUUCAACCUCGACAAAGACCGCAAGCUCGGCCGUGCAAGCAAGCACUCCACUUUGUGGGUUUGGAGGGAGCGGGACAUCAACGACGCAGCGAGAAAGUGCCUCGUCGCCGAACCUUUCCCGAAAGCGGGGCCCCGCCCGGAUGUGCAGCAAGAGGACUUGGACGCCGAGCCGAUGGGUUUUGAGUACGCCAAACGUCUGAGGGAAGACCGCUUGGGAGCCUGCCGACAAGCUGCCAUGCACAUGGUCGGAGUCGGCAGUGGGGCACCGGUGCCGGAAUCUGGUGUGAACAGUCCACCUCUGCGGUUGGCCACGGUACCAGAAACAGCGGUUCAGGGGGGGAGAGAUGCGGGAGGUGGUGAAGGGAGUGGAGCUGGCGCCUCUGGGGUUCACGGUCAGGAUUCCGGGGCGGGUAGUGCUGCAGGUUCUCGGGCGAGUGGUGCUGGGCGGACGAGCGGUGCUUCGAUCGCUGGGGUUGGAGCUCAGGGGUCUGGGGCGGGUAUUGCUGCGGGUGCUCGAGCGAGUGGUGCUGGGAUUGGAGCUCAGGAGUCUGGGGCAGGUAGUGCUGAUGGUGGUCGGGCGAGCAGUGAUACGGCCGAGCACGGCGCCGCCGGAGAGGGCGCCACCGGAAGAGCUUCGGAAAAUCUGGGCGGGGCAAGGAGAAGACCUAUGCGAAAGAAUACCGUCGAGGGGCAGCGGUGCUUCACUCCUCAAACCGAAGCAGAGGUGGCUUGCUGGUCUCAGGCGGUGGCUGAAACCAUUGGAGAGGGUGUAAGUCCCAGCAAGGUUGUCCCUAAGGCGGUCGACAAGUUCAACACGCAGUACUUCGUGCAGGCGUUUUCACCUGGUACAGGGCAGGGGAGGUUGCGCGGGCCUACUUCAGUGAGGCAGGCCGAGAAAAUGUCGAAGGAAAGGGCGUCUAGCAACCUCGCUACCUCGUUGGCCUCGGCAUCUGCAAGCUUGAACGAGGCCAACUCCAGUACGAGCGUGCGAAGUACGAAGAGGCGUAAACGUGGGGAUGUGGACGCUGCUAAGGCCCGAGUCGAGUCGGGGACGCCCUUGGAGCGCUCCGACAUCGACAAAAUCACGGACGUGCUGGCGAACGAGUACCUGAAAUCCAUGGGCCUGCCCACGUCUGGCAAGGUGGUGGACAAGCGCGAACGCCUACUGCAGUUAUUCGCCAAGAGCAAGCGGAUGGUGUAUACCCCCGAUGCUGUCGACGGCGGGGCAGGGGCGGCUCGGGCGGCGGCGGCAGCACCGGCGCCCGAGCUACCGCGGGCGGGCCAGGGGCGGGGGUGGCGGGCGGGACUGCUCGGGGAGCAUUGCUCGCUAUGGGUGGAGGACCGGGGGCGGCGGCCGGGGCGAAUCAGCAAGGGUUGCCCGCUGCCGGGGAAUCGAGCCGAACUGCUGAGGAGACAAAAAUCGACGUGGGAGACUAUCUCAACGCAGAGUUAUCUGCUCCAUCCCACGUUGCUGCUGCUGUGA